AUGCUUCCGGGAAGUCGUCGCACAACUUGAUGACGUAGAUCUUAUGCGUCCGAGAGGAAAGUCGGGAACCAACUCCGCCAACUAGCAGGUUUUUGAGCCUUGUGCUGGCCAUGGGGGACAUGAAGACCCCAGACUUUGAUGACUUGCUGGCAGCUUUUGACAUUCCUGAUAUUGAUGCCAAAGAAGCUAUUCAGUCAAGUCCAGAGGAGGAACAGCAUGAGGCGAGGGCUAAUGCAGAUGAGACAGAGAGUGGAUCUCCUUCAUGCUUUCCCUGCCCUCCCGCUUUACACAGUGACCCCCCCGUGGUCAGUGUUAUUGUAAAGAACACAGUGCGGUCUUUCGAGGAGGAGGAAGAGGAAGAGAGAUCUAUCAGGGAUAAAACAGACAAUCCUUCAAGCAGUGGGUUAAACUCUCAGGUUCAGGUCAAGUUUGGUGACCUCACAUCACACCUUGGCCCCAAAACACCUGCUGAUUCCCCUGUGGAGCCCCAGAUUGCCAAUGGCAUCGAGGGGUCUGUUCCUAGGGCUCAGGUGCAGUCCGACGCAGAACCAUGGCCCCGUCGUUCACCACUGAGGUCCACACUGAACGAGGACGGUAACGGAGCUGAGGCUGGAUCGGCCCAGCAGACGACAGAUGUCAUAAACACUUUAAAGCCCCUCCUCUACCCUCAGGCUUUAUCUAUUGCUGGCCCCAACCCCUCAACUCCUCCCUCACCACACUCUGUCAGCCCUCACCUUUCUCCUCACUCUCCUCUGAAGGAGGAAAGUCAUGUCCCCAGUAAACCAUCAUCCCCUUUGCCACGAAACGGUAGCAUGAAGGCUGGAAUUAAGCGGGUUAUGCACUCAGAUGACGAUGACUCAGAGCCAGACCUGGUGAUCCAGGAGAGCCCAGAAUCUGUGAUGUCGUCCCCUCCCCAGUUUAAACGCAGAGCAAAGGUAAGGCGCCCUGACAUGUUUGGGUCUCCUGAAACUUCUUCUGCCCUUGUUUCCGAUCAAUCUCAUCUCUCCUCCGUGGCACACGAAAAACCUAAACCUCAACCUGAGGACGAGAGAUCACCUACAACCAGGAGUUCUCCUUCCAAUGCUCCACCGCUGCAGAGUCAGAUCCUGCACUGCAACCCCUCUGUCAGUAUGGACUCUGCACCAGUCAAAGAGGAGAAAUACCCAGAGCAUGUGAUUGAUGAGAGGGACUCGCCAGAGAGUCCGCCGCCCAGCGAGACAGGCCUUCUUGUCCACAAAAGGAGCCCUGAAUCUGCCCAUAUAUCAGGUCUGUCUGCAAGCCACAAGGAGGAGCUCAUGGGAAGUGGGCCUAGAGAGGAAGACAGGCCAGGUGACACUGAGGAGCUGAGUGAGAGGGUGACUGGAGAUCAAGGAAAUGUAAACAAAGAGAGCUGCAGUGCCGGCACUGAGGCUCCUGUGUCCGAUGGAGCUGCAGAGAGAGUUUCACCUCCACUGCGUCCCCUCAAAGUUAAAAUCAAAAUGCAGAAAGGCAGCAUCACAAGGACUGUAAAGGGUGUUACACCUAAAAGAGGUGGAAGAACCACCACCAAGGGUGCGAUCAGUUCAAAGCCUUCGCCAGAACUCCGUAACACAAGAUCCAAGAGGGAGUUACCACAGGAAUCUCAGAUCCCUGCCAUGUCGGUGCUCCAGGAAGGUCCCCGUACAGUCAGAGACAAAACCGCAAUGGACACCAAGCCGAAAGUUUCCCCUACAGCUGUUAGCAUCACCAAAUCUGCAGCGCUGCCCUCCAUCACUGUUUCCUCUCCCAGAGCUGGCAUGGGCGGGAUGAACCCUCGCAGCCUAGGCCCGAAAAGUCUGACCCUUCCUCCGCCGUCACCUCUGCUUCAUCCUCAAGGCAGCAGCAGACCGGCCUCCAUAGUUAACAGCACCGGGGCAAUCAUAUCCAAGAGUCAGACCAACCUGGUGGAAGCUUUCAACAAGAUCCUCAACAACAAGAACCUGCUGCCCUGCUAUAAACCAGAUCUGAGCUCACCUCUUCCUGCAGAGUGGGGCCUCCCUCUACCUGCACAGGGUUACCGAUGUUUGGAGUGCGGCGACGCCUUCGCCCUGGAGCAGAGUUUGGUGCGGCACUACGCUCGGCGCUCGCUGAGGAUCGAGGUGACCUGUAAUCACUGCGCCAAACGGCUGGCCUUCUUCAACAAGUGCAGCCUGCUUUUACAUGCCAGAGAGCACAAGGAGAAGGGCCUGAUCAUGCAAUGCUCACACCUGGUCAUGAAACCUGUUCCUGUGGAGCAGAUGAUUGUCCAGAAGGAAUCUGCAGUCGCUGGAUCAUCCUAUUUAAGCCAGGCUGCUACAAACCCAACACCCCAGCCACAUAAAGCAAAAUCCAAUAAGAAAGUAGAGGCGGUGCAUUAUAACAGUAAUAAAUGUCCUGAGUGUCAAGCUCAGUUCAGCAGCAAAGAAGAGGUUGUGGAGCAUUUCCAAGAAAUCAAACCAGCACAAACCACUUCAUGCACAGAGUGUUCUCCUCCCAUGCUCCUGUCAAACGGCUGCUGUGCAGCAGCUCAUCAACGCAUACACCGAAGCCGCCCGCCACAUGUCUGCCCGGAGUGCGGCGGCACGGCUGAGCCACCGCUGUUUCAGAGUCACCUGGACGAGACCUGUUUACACUUUGCACGCCGCAUCGGAUACAGGUGUUCCAGUUGCCUGGUGGUGUUUGGAGGACUGAACUCAGUGAAGUCUCACAUCCAGCAGGCUCACUGUGAUAUGUUCCACAAAUGCCCCAGCUGCCCCAUGGCUUUCAAGUCUGCUCCCAGCAUACAGAACCACAUCAGUGCCCAACAUCCAACACUCACUGAUGGACAGACCAUGUCGAUCUAUAAAUGUGUGAUGUGUGACACAGUUUUUACAAACAAGUCUCUGCUGCACAUCCACUUUGACACUCAUCUAACCAAUCAGAAGGUGCAUGUGUUUAAAUGCCCUGAGUGCACCAAGUUAUUUUCGCAGAGGAAUACACUACUGGACCACUUCAAGACCCAUAAGACUUCAGCGUUAGAAGAGUUGCCUUCACCUCCAGCUGCUGCCUCUCGUUCACGUCCUUCAUUGAAGUUGGAGAGCUCAGAUGGGGAGGAACAGAUAGAUGAAGAGAAAGAGGAGAAAGUGAAGAAAGAAAGCAUAAAGGCCCCCUCAGGUUGGAAAUGUGCGCCUUGCCACGCACGCUACACAGACCGGGAAGACUACAUUCAUCAUAUGGCUGAGCAACAUGGCAAGACUCUGAAGAAGUUUCCUUGUAACAAGUGUGAGAGCUCCUUCACCACCACCUCCAGUCUGAGACGUCACAUCAGAGACAAACACAAAGCCACGAAUCGUAGUUUUCGCUGCCAGUUCUGCAGUGAGAGUAAGAAAACAUUCAGCAGCAGAGCGAUGUUGGAGAGGCACAUUCAGCUGAGACACAGCGUGGAUGCCGAAAGCCAGGACACACUGAUGGGAGGCAGAGAGGAGGCCGACAGCUCCUCAGAACAGGACAGCAGUUUGGGGGCACGCCCAAGAAGAAGAGGAGCGGUGAAGAUGGAGCAGGAUGAAGAGUCCAUAGACUGGGUGAGUCCAGUGAAGAAGUCCUCCUCCUCAGCUUCUGCCCCCUACUCUGCUCCUGAGUCUGGGUUCCGCUGCGCCCCCUGCGGCUUCACCACAGAGGACCAGGCGAUGUUCCUAGAGCACAUCAUCCAGCACCGGCGGGGAGCGACAGAGGGCGGCGGUCAGCAGUGUCUACAGUGCGGCGCUUGCUUCACAUCCACCUCCUCCCUGUCACGCCAUCGCUUCAUCACUCACAAAGUGAGAAACGCAAUCACUGACAGCCAGCAGUCCCCCAGCGUGCCAGCACCCUCCAUUGGUAACAACAGGAACCACGAUGACAAGAGUUCUCUGGACGACUCUGCACCAGCAUCGCCCUCCUCUCAGGGGACGGAGGAGGAGGGCAAACUGGCAUGUAGGGUGUGUCGCAAAAAAUUCGAAAAGGCUUCAGAUCUGAAUACGCACUUCAGAACUCACGGCAUGGCUUUUAUCAUCGCCAGGAACGCAGGAAAAACGACCUGAGACACCAGAUACGUGGGGAGGGAGCAGUGUGGGUAGGUGAUAAAAGAAAGAAGUGCCUUGUUUCUCGUCACACCCUAUGCACUAAUUAAACCAAAGACUGGCGGAACUGAGUUUUUAUGUGAAUAGAUUGUAGAAAAGUAAAUCAGAUGCGAUUUUCAUGGUGAAAUCUGCCUUAACCUUCUACUUGUGACUCUCAGGAUCUAAUGUUGUGUUUGUGUUCAGUGAUGAUGCUAAUGAUAUUUUAGCUACUUCCUUGUCUGUGAACAGAUAGUCUGACAAGUUCACUGCUGUGACCACAUCCACAUAAUAAUGUGCCUGCAGAGAAUGUGAAUAUAAGAACCAGAUACCACUGUGAUCACGAUGGCUGUUGGUGGUGGACAGCGACAGAAUGUUUCAUCCUACUGAGGAGAUUUCUUGAACAGCACCCCCGGGUGUUUUCUGUAAAGUCCCUUUCACUUUUUUAAGUUUUUCAUGUCAUGGCAUUGAUUUGGAAUAUGUUAGCUCAGUUACUAUUAAGUGUGUGUACCAUGAACUUAUUGCCAUCCAUUUUCAAAAACAUACAAUAAUGUCUUAGAUGAAUUCCUGACUUUAAUUGUAGACGAUGAGUGCUUCUACACAUUUCAGUGAAAUUAGACUUGAACUUGCAGAUAGAUCACCCCUCAGUUUAUUUUUAUGUUCCCUUGCUGAGCUGCAAUAGAGGGAUACUUACAUGAAGGAAAUCAUGUUCUUUUUAACUUGAAGGACUGUAACUCAAAAAAAAAAAAAAAACCCCACAUAAUUUGUUUGAGGUGAUGUCACCCCCUGGCUUUGUUGCACUCUGGGUAAUGUAGGCGCUGGUUUCGAGAAGGAUGAAGAAUAAUUAGGAUAAAACAGGUGAUAUAUUUGGUUCUGCUGCAUCACUGUUGACAAUUUGUUUUUAAACUGUCUGUAAUGAGUGAAACAGUGCUAUAGAAGUGCAGUUCUUGACCAGUGAGCUGCUUUUCAAAACACAGCAUCUACACUUCCCACAGUGCAACUAACCUGCUCACUGUAGGCGUUUAUCAGUUUACAUGCAGUGUCCUCUGGAGCCACAAAAGACGUCAAACUAUUUUUUCCACUUAUGCAGUUGAAGUCCCGAACACUUAUAAGCACCCUUUAAUGUGUAAAAUUGGUGGAAAGAAAAGAAAAAAAAUCACAUCAAUUUAUAUUUUUUCAGGGAAAACAAAAUUACAACAAAAAUUAUCAUCCCUACUGAAAUUGAAGCUGAUGUGAGUGUGUCCUUCUUAAAUGUUAUUGAUGACCUGUCUUGUAUUUAUAUUGUACUUGGUGAAAGAUUGCAACAUCUAAAAGGUCAAACUAUGCUUUGGGAAAUGGUGAGCAAUAAGUCUUAGUUAGUGAAGUGAAACCGAAAUGAACGUUUAACAGCUUUUUACGUGGAAUGUACUGUAUUUACUUCAGAUUAACAGAUUUAUGUCUUCUCAAUGUGCAAGAGAUGAAAGUCAAAUUAUGUAUCAUGGCUAUUUUUUUUUUUUUAAAUAAAUGAUUACUGUAAAAAGAUUAGUAUGUAUGUGAUCAUGUCGAUUCUGAAUGCUUUUGUGAGAAUAUGUUGUAUUUUUAACUUUCUCUUCAGUCACUGUCAGCACAGAUCCAGUUAUUGAUGGAAAGGUCACGACUUGGCAUCAGCACAGAAGGACAUGAAACUUAAAAAUCAGAACAGUGUGAUAGCAUUGUUGCUUGCUUGGCAUGUAGAGGUCCAACACUUUUUGAGUGUGGUGUUCUGAUUUAUAUUUUUAGUGUUAUUUUUAGUGUUACGCCUCUUACGAGGAUCCAUAGACUUAGAGCUAAUAUUCAUGCGUUUGAAUUAAUUUUAUUUAAAAAACAAACAAAAAACAAACUAAAAACAGCUGUUCCUUUAAUGUGCUGUAGUCAUCAGUGAACCUUUUCACGCUUGUGUUUCUUUUCUCAGGAGAUGAUCCAACGCUUUAACACACGUUGUUCUGUUGACAAGACCAUUUCUAACCAAAUGUUUAUAUAAAAAGCUAAAUAAAAAAAUGUCACAAUG